CUAAAUUUGUGAUUUGGUAUUGGUAUCUCGUAUUGGAGGUCAAGGGGACGGGAGAUACCUCAUUCAAUCCUGCCCCUGUGGCUCAAGAAACAGGAGUUCCUUUGCGCAUCCCUAUUCGUCGUUUCGGUGGUUUUGAAGGUGACCCCCACGCGGCGGCAUUUGUCUUCACGGUCACCAGUCGCCCUCAAAUAAGUCUACUCAGAAGAGUAGGCGCGACGAAAGAUAAACAGCUCACUGGGCGUGCUCCGAGUGGUAACAGUAUACAUUCUACUCAAAACGUUUGAACGUCAGUUUCCGGUAGACGAUCCCUUGGCUAUGAUGUACCAUCAGCUGUUUCGCUUCACGUGAACCGGUCGUGUUGUCGAGUGGUACUUUUCCGCAAUCCGUCCUUUUGGCUCGCGUCCCCGUUGGUGACAGUUGACCUCACUCCAAACAUCUUCUUUUGACUGAAUAUCGGUUGCCACCAUGUCUAACAUCAAGCCCGUCGAGUCGGCCAACACGCUCCUGGAGCACACGGCCUCUCUCGAUGUGGACCUGGCGCCGCAGAGCAUCCGCAAGACUGGCAUCGUCUGCACCAUCGGACCCGUCACCCGCUCCGUCGAGAAGCUGGUCGAGCUGAUGGAGACUGGCAUGAACAUCGCUCGUAUGAACUUCUCCCAUGGCACGCACGAAUACCAUGCCGAGACGAUGGGCAACGUGCGGAAGGCUGCCGAAGUCCUCAGCCAGAAGACGGGCCGCCCUGCGGUCGUCGGCAUUGCUCUGGAUACCAAGGGACCCGAGAUCCGCACGGGUCUGCUGGAGGGAGGCGCCUCGGCUGAGGUGGAGCUCGUGACUGGUGAGAAGAUCAAGCUGACCACUGACCAGUCAUUCUAUGAGAAGUGCAGCAAGGAGGUGCUGUUUGUUGACUACGUCAACAUUACGAAAGUGCUGAAGCUGGGCAGCAGGGUGUAUGUCGACGACGGCCUCAUCUCUCUGAUUGCGCGUGACAUCGGACCUGACUUCGUCAUGUGCGAGAUCGAGAACGGCGGCAUGCUGGGCUCCAAGAAGGGCGUCAACCUGCCCGGUACGCCGGUCGACCUGCCGGCCGUCUCUGAGAAGGACCGUGGUGAUCUGCUCCUCGGAGUCGAGCAGGGCGUCGAUAUGGUCUUUGCUUCCUUCAUCCGCGACGCCGCCGGUGUGCGUGAGAUCCGAAAGGUCCUUGGCGAAAAGGGAAAGAAGAUCCUCAUCAUCUCAAAGAUCGAGAACCACCAGGGCAUCGUCAACAUGGACGAGAUCAUCGCCGAGUCCGACGGUGUCAUGGUUGCCCGUGGUGACAUGGGUAUCGAGAUCCCCGCCGAGAAGGUGUUCGUCGCCCAGAAGGCUCUCAUCUCUCGCUGCAACAUGGCCGGCAAGCCGGUCAUCUGCGCCACCCAGAUGCUGGAGUCCAUGGUGAAGAAACCUCGCCCGACCCGCGCUGAGGUUUCUGACGUCGCCAACGCAGUUCUGGACGGCUCUGACUGUGUCAUGCUCAGCGGUGAGACAGCCAAGGGCGACUACCCGAUGCAGUGUGUCUCCAUGAUGGAUCGCGUCUGCCGGGAGGCGGAGGCCGCUGUCUGGCACCAGAGCUUCUACGACGACCAGGCGAGGCUGGUGGGCAAGGCGGACCACACGCACUCCGUGUCCCUAGCGGCCGUCGGGGCGGCCAUUAAGCUACACGCGGCUGCCAUCAUUGUGCUGACCACGUCCGGAAAGACGGCUCACCUGCUCUCAAAGUACCGCCCGCGCUGCCCGAUCGUGGCGGUGACGCGUUUCCCCCAGGUGGCCCGCCAGUGCCACCUGUACCGCGGUAUCUUCCCGCUGAUCCACACCCCGGAGCGUGUGCCUGACUGGCUCCAGGACGUCGAGGCUCGCGUCCAGUCUGCCAUCGGCUACGGCAAGGGACAGCGCUUCAUCAACACUGGAGACCCGGUCGUCAUCAUCACUGGAUGGCAGUCGGGGUCGGGCUUCACCAAUACCAUGCGCGUGAUCUACGCCUAGAGGUCACGAGGAUUGGCGCAGGUGCGUAGGUGUCUGGUGGUUGUGGGCGUUGGUGGGGUCUGGGUUAGGACGGUAGUGGGUGCGAGAUUCGUGAAGGUUAGUGAAAGAGGGUGAUGCAUGAAGUCUGCUUGGUGAUAGCCUCAUUGAAAUUCGUCCUUGUGGGAGUUUCAUCAUGAAUAUCACUCUUGUUGAUGGAAAGCCAGAGUAAUAUGAGACCACUGCUUCUUCGAUUGAUGGAGACAAUUUUCCCCGCGCUCGCCCAAUCCAUCUUUUGGACUGGCCCCGCCAUCCCCGCACCCCCUUGACACCCACCGCCAUCAUGCACAGUCGCCUAGGGCCCUCCCUAGUGCUAGACGCCAGUGUUGACGCGCAACCAAAGCGCUCGCACGGCCACAGGUUUAUGAUUUUUGAUGUAGUGGCGAACUUCGAUGUCUGGAUGGUUCGCCGUGGCCUCGCAUUGUCGGACAAAAGAAUCUUGCACAGGCGUGGCCACCCGAAUUCGUAGAAACUUCUAUCCCAUGUUUCUUGGGGGGGGGGGGGGGCAUUGGUGUUGCAGUGUAAACAAGCAAUUCUGUGCAUUUGAUUUCGGACGUGUAAUGCGUUGCUAGUGAUUGAAGUUGCGAUAUUUCAAUGAAAGGCCUCAAACUAGUCCAACAAGUGAUAUCAAAACUUUUGCUGUUAUUUGUCAUAAUACCAAAUUUGUAACUAUUUGAUGGAUGUCAUUUCUCUCUCGCUUUUGUCUUAUGUGUUGCCUGCGGGAUCGAAAGUUGACUCCAUUGGGUAUGUCAUGCGUACUAAGUGGCGCCCUGUUAUUCCUCUAAUUCGCAUUUGACGUAAUUUAUUAUCCACGUUGAGGCGACACUUGACUACAUUUGACGAAAUGUUUUUUUUUCUCGAAAAACGGGGCCAUCGAUCCCCUAUUUUCUCGGUAGUAAGCCACAAUGAUUUGUUACGCUUUUUUUCAUUAUGGGAUCAGUUUUGCAGAAAUAUGCGAUUUAUCGCCGCUGGGCAGGCUGGGUCCGCCCGUCACCAUUGUAGUCCGAAUUGUGAGCUCCACUGAUCUGCCGUAUGGUCCAAUUUGUGAUGUGCUGCUCCUAGCUGGAUAAUACACCCUCUUCUCUGUCA